CAGUCUUCUCGAAUUCCUCAAUCUCCACUUCCUCAGAUCGCUCUUGCUCUGCUCGCUUCGCACCUCUGUAGUGUCAGCCCAAUACUGGCCUGUACGGAUCACCCGUGCGUUCAUUUCUUACGCCUAACGGUUUAUCCGCCGCUCCGUGCGAUUCGGGCAGACGGAGGAAUAAUUACUUCCUAUCAUCUCCGGCGACUCGCAGCUGCAGACUCACUGGUCGCGUCGCCACGCACUUGAAUCUAUCGCCGGCCAGCCACGAUGCAGGCCCCAGUGCUCGUUCUAAAUGCGAACACGAAGCGCGAGUCAGGGCGCAAGGCGCAGCUGGGCAACAUCGCAGCGGCCAAGGCCGUGGCGGACAUCAUCCGCACCACACUGGGCCCGCGCUCCAUGCUCAAGAUGCUGCUCGACGCCACAGGAGGCAUCGUGCUCACCAACGACGGCAACGCCAUCUUGAGAGAAAUCGACGUCACCCAUCCUGCCGCCAAGUCCAUGAUCGAGCUCAGCCGCACGCAGGACGAGGAGGUGGGCGACGGCACCACGUCCGUCAUCAUCCUCGCUGGAGAGAUGCUCCACGUAGCAGAGCCAUUCCUGGAGAAGGGCUUUCACCCGACCGUCAUCUGCAGAGCGUACACCAAGGCACUGGACGACGCCAUUGCAGUGAUUGACAAAAUCGCAUUCAAGAUCGACGUCAACGACAGGAAGCAGAUGCUCAACAUCCUGCAGAGCUGCAUCGGCACCAAGUUCACCACGAGAUUCGGCUCGCUCAUGGCGGAGCUGGCCCUAGACGCGGUGACGACUGUAGCGGUGGACGUGGCGGGGCGCAAGGAGAUCGACAUCAAGCAGUACGCCAAGGUGGAGAAGGUGCCGGGCGGGCGGAUAGAGGACAGUGCGGUGCUGCGCGGUGUGAUGUUCAACAAGGACGUGGUGACUCCGGGCAAGAUGCGGCGCCGCAUCGAGAACCCGCGAGUCAUUCUGCUGGACUCGCCGCUGGAGUACAAGAAGGGCGAGAACCAGACGAACGUGGAGCUGCUCAAGGAGGAGGACUGGGAGCAACUACUGAAGAUGGAGGAGGAGUACAUAGCUGGCUUGUGUCGCCACAUCGCGGCGUUCAAGCCCGACCUCGUCAUCACAGAGAAGGGCCUCAGCGACCUCGCUGCUCACUACCUGUCUAAGGCCGGCAUCUCUGCAAUCAGGCGCCUCCGUAAGACGGACAACAACCGUAUCGCACGUGCAGUGGGCGCCACCAUCGUGAACCGUGUGGAGGAGCUGCAGGAGAGCGACGUGGGGACGGGCGCGGGGCUGUUUGAGGUGCGCAAGAUCGGCGACGAGUUCUUCGCGUUCCUGGUGGAGUGCAAAGAGCCCAAGGCGUGCACCGUGCUGCUCAGGGGCGCCAGCAAGGACAUCCUCAACGAGAUGGAGAGGAACCUGCAGGAUGCCAUGGGUGUGGCACGCAACGUGGUGGUGGACCCGCGGCUGGUGCCGGGAGGAGGAGCGGUGGAGAUGACAGUGUCGGCCGCAUUGAAGGACAAAGCCACCAGCAUCCAGGGCAUUGAGCAGUGGCCGUACCGGGCAGUGGCGUCAGCCUUUGAGGUCAUCCCGCGCACGCUCGCUCAGAACUGCGGAGUGAGCGUCAUCCGCACCGUCACAGCGCUGCAGGCCAAGCACGCCAUUUCCGCCAACACGUCCAUAGGGAUCGAUGGUGACACGGGCGCUCUCACUGACAUGAAGGAGCUGGGGGUGUGGGAGCCGUAUGCAGUGAAGGUGCAGACGGUGAAGACGGCCAUCGAGGCGGCGUGCAUGCUGCUGCGCAUCGACGACAUUGUGAGCGGGCUCAAGAAGAAGCAGGCGGGCGGCGGGCCAGGCGGCAAGCCACAGAUUGACACGGGGGAUGACGUCGACUCGGAGCAGAUGCUGGCGGAGUGAGGGGCGCUGGUCCGAUACGCGAAGAGGGCGAGGGAUGGGGGGAUGGAGGUGGGGAGUGGGAAGCCUUGGGGUGGGAAAUGGGAUACCAGGGGGCAAGCCACGGAUUGAGACUGGGGAUGACGUCGACGACGGGUAGGGGAAGAGGGACGAGGGGAUGGAGGGGGGGAGUGGGAGAUGGACUGGAAGGCCAAGGGGGCAGCGGCAGGCCCACAAACUGGGGAUGAUAUUGGCAAGCCACAGGUGGCGGAGUGAGGGGAAAGACAGUGUGUUGCGGUGGUGUCCAGGGGCAUAACAGCACAGCACAUGUAAUUGCUGCGAUUCAAAUCAUCGUUUUGCUCGAACUUCUAUUUAGCAAAUGCACACAGCACGAGCACAGGCACGUGCUGCCACAGAUGCAGCAUCAUAUGGGUCCACCUAUUUGCUGAAGUUAACAGAUGCAACUAACUGUCGAGAAGAAAACUGAUCAAAGUGUUGAAUAGGGAGAGAACAAGGGUAUAUACCUAAGAGUGUUGUACCCUCUAAAAGGUGACCCUAUACAGUUUAUACAAAUAUGAG